AUGUUCGCAAUAAUCAUAUCCCUAAUCUUCUGGGGCUUGAACACUUCAAAUUCAUCUACUUUUGCGCCGUUUUUUCUGAGCAUGAGUGACUUCCCAUCUCAGUCGAGGCUUACCACGAUUCUCGUGGACAACCUCCAUUGUCCAUCUUGUGUUGUAACCGUGCAAGAACUCCUUUCUACUCUCAGGCCUGCUCCCUUUUCUGUUGCAACCUCCAUCGUCCUUCAUGAGAUCAAGGUCGUGCAUCCCAUCACACUCAGUGCCUCCCGCAUCGCGCGCCCCCUCACACAUGCCGGCUUUGAGCUAGACAACAUCGUGCAGUCGGACUCCCAUAAUGGCGACAUAGAAGCCCAAAACUACUCCUCUGGGUCGACCUUCAAGCGCGCCAGUGAAAAAAAGAUGUCCAUUGCCACUCUUCCCACGAAGACGGCGGAGAGAGAGCUGCCGUCCGUGACUAGCUCGACGACGGGCACGCUACCCAGUGGCGACACGUUGACCUCUGUCAUGGACGAUCGCACUACAGGAAUCAAGUAUCGUAUCUCCCUUGCGAUAAGUGGCAUGUCGUGCAGUUCCUGCGUGGGAAAAAUCACAGGCGUCUUACAAGGCCGACCGUGGAUCCUGUCGAUGGAUGUGAACCUCUUGACUAGUAGUGCAGUCCUGGUCCUCUCCGACCGCGCGCACGUGGACGAGAUACUUGAGACCAUUCGAGGAUCUUGGUUCGAAGUAGAGAUGGUGGACACUGAGGAGAUUCGACCCCAAAGACCCGCUCCUCGAUCUGCACCGGCGGCAGACGACGCCUGGCGCGCAUCCUAUAUCAUCAAGGGCAUGAGUUGCAGCUCUUGCGUUGGAAAAGUCACGGACACGCUGAACCAAUAUGAAUGGAUCACCAAGGUCGAUGUUAACCUUGUGUCGGGCUGCGCCACAGUCGAGUACAUUGGCAAAGAUCAUCUGGAGGAGACUGCCAGGAUCAUCGGCGAGUUGGGUUAUACCGCCACCCUGAGUGAUAUCGCGAGCCAGGUCUCACUUAACUCGCCGAUCUCGGUGCGCGUGAUCCAGAUUCAAGUGGACGGCAUGCAUUGUGAUAAAUGCCCCCAGCGAAUUGUCGAUGCCUUGGCAAGUACAUAUGGCGACAAGGUCGAGCUAUUAGGGCUACCCACCUCCCAACAGCCCCGAUUCAAGAUACGAUAUGUCCCCGAAAUACCAAAGCGCACCAUCCGCGACAUCCUACGCACCAUCGCUAAUGUGGACAAGGCCUUCACGGUGUCAAUUUAUCAUCCGCCCACGUUGGAGGAACGUUCACAGGCCAUGCAUCGUCGACACCAGUGGUCCAUUGCUAGACGUUUGGUUCUCGCUGCGUUGACCGCAAUUCCGACCUUCACCAUUGGUAUCGUCUACAUGUCGUUGGUGUCUAAUAAUAACCCGGGCAAGAAAUACCUGAACGAGCCUAUAUAG